UAUUUAAAUUAAACAACAACAAUUAAAUCAUAUUUUGAUUAGAUUAGUUAGAUUUAAAUAUUCAUAUUAAUUAAUGAACAAACAAAAAAAGUUGAUUAACUUUACAGAUCUAGAUUGAUUGUUUAAACAAUUAACUUUAUCGUUUAUAAUGAUUAAUAUUUAAUGAUGAUUAACUCACUGAUUAUCAUGAUAAUCAAUAGCCUAAGGGUAUUGAUAAUAUAACAAUAGCAAUAUAAGAUUAAAUUAAUCUAAUAAUAAUCAAUUAAAUCAACUAAUCUAAAACUCACCUACCAAAUUGGUUAAUUAAUUAAUGAGGAAACACAAAAGGAUCGAAAUAAUCAAAUUAAAACAAUUAAUUAUCCAAAAGAUGAACAAUCAAUUGUUAACAAAACAAAAGUAAAACAAAAAGUUAAUCAAGUUAAUUAACAUUGAAAUCAAAUACUUUGAUCAACGGGUAAAUAUUAAGUCACGGAGAGAUGAGGAAAUGAUUAGUUAGUUAAUCAUAUUCAUUGGAUAACUGGAUUAACCUUCAUGUAAACAAUUUAACCUUAGGAUUUGAAUGAAUUGAAAGGCUUGACCAGUGUAAAGUGAAGGGUCAGUUUUGUUAAAUUGUUAACCCAGAAUCUUGAAAACCACUGAUUGUUACCCUUUGAUUGUGUUAAUCAUUUACGAUGAUGAGGUUAUAUUUUUAUCCCCAAUUUGAAUAAAUUUAUUGAUUGUAAUCAGUUAAAUAAGAUAAAUCUUUUUUUCUCAAUCAUCAUGAUCAUGAUUUAAAUGAAAUUCAUUGAAAUUGAUACUUGAAACUUGUUUCAAACUGACCAGUGAUAUUGAACUGACCUCUUCAUGUCAAUGAUAAUUUAACAUGAUUAAAAAUCAUAAAUUUUAUCAGUUUUUCAAAGGUUAUUAUUAAAAAAAAACUUUAAUCAUCUUUUAAAUUUAUCUGAUCAAUGUGUCUGAUUAUCAACAAUUAACUGUAACCAGAUUAACUUUUUACAAAUUGUAAAAAUCAAUUGGCAAUACAAUUGAAAUAUAGAGAUACAAUUAAUAACAACCACUCACUUAAUUGUAACAACGAUAACGGUUAUUGAUUGUGAUUAACGGAGAGAUGAUAAUCAAUUAAGACUUUGAUUGGUAAACAAUUUCAUCUUGUGAUCAAUUUUAAUCACUAAUUGUUAUUAAGAAACGUUUAUUAUUAUCAACAAAAAAAACUAUCGAUUAAAUUAAAUUGUGCUGAAUGGUUUAAGUUAUUAAGGGCAGACUAAAUGAUUAAGCAAUUUAGUAACAAUUAAAGUGUAUCCAAUUUUGUUUCAUACUAAUCGUCAAUUCAUCGUGAUGAUUAUCAAAUAUGAUUUAAAUUACAAUUAACCGAGAAAAACUGAAUCACCAUUAAUCAGAUUAAAAUUCAAAUUAUGAUCAAAGUUAAUCAUGAUCGUUGGAAAUGUUAAUUGUUUCUAAUUAAACUUGAAACUGGAAAUUUAAACAGCUCAACAAUUAGGAAAAUGUAAAAGUUGAGAAAAAGUUAAUUUUAUCAUCAGUUUAUUACUUUUGAUUAUCAACUGAUUAAUUAUUAAUUCAUUCAAAUUGUUUAGGUGAUAAUUGUAAUUAAGCCUCAUAAUCAUCAUCAGUUAAUUGUCAGCCUGAUAAAUUGUAUUAAUUUGAAUCAACAAAUAGUUAUAAUUAGGCCUCAUCAUCAUUAAGUACAAUCAGAUUAAUUGAAUGAUAUAAACGACAAUUUAAAUUGUUAAACUUAAUUCAGUUGUUUACCAAUACAGAUUAAUUCAUUUGCAAUUAAAAGGUGAUAAUCGAAAUACACAUGUUGAUUAUUAAUUGCUAACAAUUAAUAAUUGAUUCUCGAAGUGAAAAUAUUGUCUUAUAAAAAGGAUUGAGCAAAGAUUUAGUUUGAUUACAAUUAAUUGUUAAAAUCAAAUUGACUUUAAAUUGAAACUCACUGAAAAUAACAAAUCAACAUGAUUAUGAAAUUGAUGUUAAUUGUUUCAAUUGCAAUCGUCUACCUAAUCAACCGAUGUGAUGGACAUUAUAAAAUAUCUGGAACUAAAUUAAAGGAAUUGUGUUUAACUCAAGCUGAUUUAAUGGCCAAAGGAAAGAAUCUUGAUCAGAUAACUAAAUUAACUUCCAAUCAAUUGUUACAAUAUUUAUCUUCUCGUAAUCGUAAAGUUAAAUUGUUUCAACAAUCAGACAAAACUGACACAACUCAAUUAGGCUUAUUUAGUAAUAAUAUCAACACUUUUCUUUCCGUUAAUUUCAAUCUACUCAAGUGUAUGGAGGAAGUGUUUGGUGUCCUCGGUGGUAUAUUAGAUGGUACAUUCCAAGGUAAAAGGUCAGUUGAGGUCAAUCGCUAUAGAGAAUAUUGUUCAUUGAUAAAUUAUCCUCGAGAAACUGAUUUGCAAAAUACUACAACAGUUAACGAUUUGAUAAGUCAAAUGCUCGAGGCAAAGAAAUCUUUUCAUAAAGGUAUCAACUUUAAAUCGGUUGAUUUAAACUUUGACGAUUGAUUUGAUUGUUUAAUUGCUUAGAAAUUAAUAAACUUCAAGUUAAUUGUCAAUCUAAAUGUUUGUUUUU